UGUACACCACAAUCAAGAAUUUUCUAGAUUAUUUCAAACUGCAUAGAAGCCCACAGAAUCCACGUUGUCAUUAAGCAAUCCCACACUUUUUCCCAUAUUUGCAUCAGCUACUCCCAGAUACUGCCCCUCAUGUAUGCACGAGGGACAAUUAGGGGCGUGGGAGGAAACUGGAGAGCAGUCACAGAAUGAAUGUGCAAACUCUCCACAACAUCAGAGGUCAGGAUGUGAGGCAGUGGCUCUACUGCUGGUCCCAGGCUGUAAGAGGGUUUACGUGUAACUAAUUGGUGCAUGUGGAUCCAUCCAGACAUCUGUUUUAUUUUCUUUAGCAAUAAAAGAUGGAACAGACCCUUCUGAUCCACUGAGCCACACCCCUCAGCUACCCACUGAUUUAACUGUAGCCUAAUCACAGGACAAUUUACAGUUACCAAUUAACCAUCUAACCAAUAUGUCUUUGGACUGUGGGAGGAAAUGGAGCACCCAGAGGAAACCCACACGGUUCACAGCAAAAGCCCCAAACUCCAGAAUACCUCUGCGCUGUAGCGUUACACUAACCAAUACGCUACCAUGAAUGCUUAAUGCGACCUUGUGUGACCUGGGUGUAAAAAAUUAACGAUUAACGUUGGGCUGUUUGUUAUGUAACAGGAGUAAUCACCCACUCCUGAGCUAAAGCAGAACCAGUUAAAGUUCUGGCUGCUGUUCUUUGUGGAAGUGUGGAUUCCUGCUGUCCUGAGGAGUGGAUGUUCCAGGAGUGAGUGAAGAGCCAUUGAAAUGGCAUCUGCUGUGGACCUGUUGUGCCGGUAGGCAAAUUGAAGUGGAUCCAAGUCACUUCUCAGCACUGAGUUUGUAUCACUCGAUUUGAGGACGAUAUUCUCCAUUGUCCAUUGGUGGGUCCUCGGUGACUGUCGAGGUCGAUCAGGGAACCGCCUAUUCUGGUGCAGUGUGGGCAAGAACCAUGGCUUCCAGAGCUGGGGAGGAGGUAUUUGUCCAAAAUUUGACAAAACUGCUCCGAAACUACGGUGACUCUGUGCUGAGUGGGACGAGUACACUCUCCCUGUUGACUAUUGGCCUGCAGAAACUACACCAGCUCUUUGAGCAGCAUCUAUUGGCUCGCAAGUACCAGCAUGGAUUUGUCGCGCUUCCCUCCCACCCAUCUGAUACAGCCUCGGUCCUGGAAGUGCAGUUCCUUUUCGAUGUGUUCCAAAAAACCAUGUCACUGAAGUUGGUGCAUCCCCCAGGACCCAAGCUCCAGACACCUGUCAAAAUCUUUGCUUUUAAAUCCCUCCGAUUCUUAGAGCUGAAGCGGGUUCCUCCUCACUGCUUGGAAGGACUGCGGGGUGUCUACACUCAGCUGGAGAUCCUCGUCUGUUCCUACUGCAUCAACACUGUCGAGGAGAUUAUCUCUGUCUGUGGUGGUGAUCUGAGCUCUGCCCUUCCCUGGCCAGACCUGCACACCCUCAACUUCAGCAACAACUUCAUCACGUCGCUCGACAACUCACUGGGUCUGCUCAAUGUGCUACAGACUCUGGAUCUGAGUCACAAUCGAAUCCGGGACUGUGCGGAGAAUCUCCAGCUACUCUCAGAACUGAAGUACGUGAACCUGAGCUACAACCUCCUGAAGAAGCUGCCCAUCUUCAAUUCCUGCUCCCGGAUCCAGCUGGUCACUCUGGUCCUACGGAACAAUGAACUGGACGAUAUCGCUGGGUUGGAGCUGUUGUCACACCUGAAGUGCCUGGACCUGGCUUAUAAUGUGAUCUGUGAGCACGCCAAGCUUGCCCCACUCUCGCAUCUCCAUCAGCUUAAGGAGCUCUUCCUGGAAGGGAACCCAGUGUAUUACCUGAGAAAUCACCGUGCCUCCACCAUCUAUCACCUCUCUCCCAAAGCAGCCUUCAUGCGUCUGGUUUUGGAUGGCGAGCCCGUCACUGCUGCGGAACUUACCUACCUCUCAAAGACUGGCAGGCUCAUUAGCCACACUGGACGCCACUCUCCUCGGGGAAGCGUGCUCAAGAAUGUUCUGGACUCCUCAACGCCCAGUGAUUACAAUGAUUGCCAGCGUUUGACAGAUGGUGUUCCUGCCCCAAUCACACGAAAAAAGCAGAACAAAGUCAAGGUGCGAGCUGCCAGUAUCUCGGAACCGAGCGACAGUGACCCGGAGGUUCGGAAAAAGGUGGCCCCGUCUCACAUGGCCCUGCAACAUCAGGAGGAUAUUAAGAGAAUGGAUGAACUGCGAGGACAAAUCGGUGACGACUGGCUGCGAUACCAGCACUAUCUCAAUGGCCCUGGCAAGGAGGCAGGCUGCAGACCCACUGACAGCAGCACCACCAAGGAUGAGGCUGAUGCCUCCAUCGGCGACUUCGCGGGCAGCGCCAGCCAGGGGGGCAUCUCUGAGGAUUCGGCUGACCUCGGUAUAGGGCAGGAGGAGGAGGAGGCGACUCUCACUGCCGCUCUCCCGGUCGGCCAAGGGGACUGCACCCCUUCCAGCUACCUCGCCCCUGAGGAUGGUGUUUGUGUGGAUGAAUCAGUGACAAUAGUGGAAAAGAGAGAGGAAGAGCCUGUGAGAGAUGUCUGCCAGCCUUUCAUCGUGGGCCGAGUAGUGGCGGGUGAGCCUGACCUGGAUAACAGCUGGAUCUUCCUGCGUGUGACGGAGGAGGCGCUGCUGGAGGUGGACCUGAUGAAUGCGGACAUCCUGGAGAGGCUGGAACUCAGCACCCUGACCUCUAUCCACACGGCCGAGGAGUUCUGGCCGGAAAAUAACUCUGAGUGUUGCCUUUCUCGGCAGAGCAGAGGCCGGCUUCUUCCCUCAGUGGAGUGCUGCUUUAGCUACAUCCGCAGGGACAAACGCAAGCGCAAGUACGUCGUCAUGGAUACCAAUCCCCAGGAGGCCUCUCAGACCCUGAUUAAGAUCCUGACUGACGCUUUGGAGGCCAGGCAGCAGCAGUCGGAACCGGAGGCUUUCGCCAGACUUCAGUGCCUCAAGUGUCGCCACGAGUUUGAGGAGCUACAGAAGACCAGGAGGCUCUCCAAGAGCCCGUCCCUCAGACAAGGGGAUGACCGGGACCACCCAGAGACCGAGGCCUCAUCGCCAGCCUUGCCAGCCUGCCCCAAAUGUGCCAGUGAUCACGUGGUCAUCUUGCCGAGCAAGACAGAGAUUCGCACCAGUACACCUGUCUUGCCUGAGGAAGGGGAGCUAAGCCAGGACUUCAGAAAGAUCCCGUCCAUGGACAACGACCCCACUGGAAGCCUGAAGAGUGUCGAGUCCCUCGGUGGAGCAGGAGCGCCAGGCAACGAGCCUCUGGUAGCUUCAAGCACCGAGCCGGAGAGCAGUGCCUUCACAGGCGGAAAGACUGCUAGCUUCUACCUGGAUUGUGAGCAGACCUGCAGCAGUGUCAGCACCAGGGACGGAAGCCGCCUGUCGGACAGUUCCGGCGGUGAGGAGCAGGUCCCGGCCACAUCGGAUCUCUCGGUGCUCAGUGCCACCGGGGUCACCUCCAGCCCAGGCCAGCUCAGCCAGAGGGGAAGUUCAGGCUCGCUCUGUGGCAGUCUAACCUGGAUGUUCCGCUACAGCACGCCAGUGGGGUCCACACUGACCCACCACUCUCCCUACUCUGACAAUGGAGACGAUGCCCCUGGACCCUGCAAAGGAGCUGAUUUCAACCUGUCUGUUGAGGAUUUUCAGAGCAUUGACCAUAGGCUUAAGCUUUUCCUUGAUGUGGAGAUCUUCACUGAAGACAAGGAAGAAUACCAAUGCUUCGUCAAGGCAUCUACAGUGAAGUUUGGGAGCCCUGAAGAGUAUGCCUCAUUACUCAUUAUGUCAAACCUCAAUGUCUACAUUUUGGAAAUCACUGGACUGCCCAGCGGUCAGCCAUCAAACUGGCUGAGAAAGCGGGAGGUGCAUCCGAUUCGGGACCUGCUGUACCUGCAAGUGGGUCUCCGCACCCAAAACAUCGGCAUGGAGUUCGACAGUGCAGGCAGCUCGUACACCCUGCUGAUCCGAAAUCCAUCCAAAUGCAAGAACUUCAUCCAGUUUUUCACAGACAUGGUUCGGGAAUUAACGCCCGUCAGCAAGCUGCAGUCCAUCUCCUUCACCCGAAUGGACCCACAGCACAAACUCUGGCCCCUAAUCCAGGAGCAUUCCGAGGCCCCUUCAUCAGACGGCAAACGCCCCAAUUACCUGUAUGUGCUGCUGUACUUGAUUCAAGAUGACGUCCUUUCCCCAGUCACUGUGCUCGCUACUUCAUCCACGCUGCACCUGCUGACAGAGGACCACCAGUGGAAGAAGGUGACCAGCGAGGUGGCCAGUCCUCCGCCAAGCGAGAUCCUCAUCAAGGAGUCGCAGCCCAUCAGCAACAUCAGCUCAAUCAGCCUCUACAAGUCUGUCCCGCACGAUGUCCGGCUCAACAUCUACCACGAGGUGAGUCGCACGGAGAGCGCGUGGCACCUGCGAGCAGAGUGCGUGGAGCUGCUCAGCAGCCUUGUGACCUGGAUCCGCGAAUACUGGGAGGAAAUGUUUGGAGUGGCCCUGAAAAUCACCGUCCACCAAGUACCUGAAUAGACUGAAAGGAAACUGGACUCAGGGUGUGGUGGGUGGGUCUGCGGGGGAAGCGAGAGAGGAGGGAGGUAUAUAAAUCCAACACUUGCAAAGGGCAGGGUUGACUUCCCCGCCGCGUCUACGAAAACGGGGCACUUACCUUCUGGGCAGGUGAAUUUGUUGCCCUUCAGUGCACAGAAGGACUGCAGCAUGUUCCGUGGCAAUUUGUCCCAUUUCUGGGGUGGACUCUCCCACAAGGGCACUUUGCCCUUCUCCUGCCCAGUGAGUUACAGGAGGCUUGGACGGCCCUUGGAGGUUAUUAUCUCCUGCCAGGAAUGACUCGGGUCUCCCACUGAUGAAUCUGUCCUUCACAGCUGGUGACAAAGAGGUGGAGCUGGAUUUUACUGAAGAGUGCUGAUGUUUGUCACUUUUAUUUCACCAGAGUUAAUGUGAUGUCUGCCCACUUCCCACUUUCUCAUUGUCCUUCACGUUCCUUUUAUGAGUUCACCUUUCACUGUACAGUCCAGAGUUCCUGCACUUAAUCCCAUUUUCCACAGACUCCACACUCUUUGUGGAAAGGACCUCAGUUUUCCCAGUGAAAGGGCUGCUCCCUAUCUAAAUCAUUGUCCACUCUCCCUACCGAACCUCAGUCUCGGAGAGUGGGGAGGUGGGUGGCCUCUGUGUUUUCCUUUAGGAGAUGAAUGCGAGGUCGAUGUAUCACUGGAGAUGUAGAGGGGGGAAGCAGGAAAGGUCUUAUUUCCAGCACUGCCCUCUCAGUCCACAGCCUCCACUACAGAGGAAGCUAUUCUCCUCUCCCUGGUGGGGUACGCUGACACAGUUCCGUACUCCGCAGAUGGGAGCCGGCGCUGGGAGGUGAGCAAUGUCGUGGACAAGGGACCGCGGAGUGUGCAACCCGGGCUGUGGCACAGCUGUCAAGGGCAGAGUGUUCCUCCCUUUGAACACUCAGCUACUUCCACCCCGCUGUCUCUGGACUUGAUGCCACCCCCACCCAAAAGGCAGGGAAGAUGACAGUACCUCUUACUAAAUGGCUGGAUCAUCUCCCCUGGACAGAUGUACUCAUCUGUCUAAUUCCGAUAUCCCUUGAAUACUGGGAGCAGAGACCCCCAUCCACAUUUGCUGAACUGCACUCCCUAUGCUGUAUGUCUCUACUUCUGACGACUCAUUUCCCCCUUCUUCACCCUCCCCUUGUUUCCUUUUAAAUUCAAUAUUGAUAUCUCCUCUGUGCUGUGACCUGGGUUCAUUGAUCAGGCCUGACAGCAGUGUAGAUAGGUAGUGUGUCAACCACGGCCUUCCCCACACACUCUUCUUUCCAUUCCCAUUUCUUGGCAACUGGCUCCCGCCCCCUAUCAGCCAGUUGCUCUCUCUCUCUCCUCCCCACAACCCCCUCCCUCUGCUCCCCUUUCUCUCCAACUCUUCAUGUGGGAUAAUGGGGCUUGGCCAGUUAAUGGUGGUGAAAGACAAACACACACACAGACAAACAGACACACACAUAUAUACUCGCAGACGCACAAGAUCCGCACACGUGCACAGACACGUGCAAUUGCAGGUGCACGCAAAUUAGCACACACAUGCAGAGACACUUUGGAAAAGACUGAGUUCUAACAUAAGUUUUUCAUUCAAUUCCCAGUCCACCUCCCCAUCACAUUAACUGCUUGAACAGCUUAGCGUUCUGAGCCACACAUUCAAAGAAGUUUAAAGUUUUUAAAGAGGCCAUUUGUAUUGCUGCCCAAUCCCCCUCGGUCUCCCUGAAAUGGAGAUGAGAGAAUCCGCCUGCCUCUCCAGAUACCUGUACAGGACAGUCCAUUACACUGAGGCUGCGUUGUAUUUAUUUUAAAGUAUAUUUGCUAUGUGAUUUAAAUGUUGUGUUGCAAAGCCUGUAUUUUUGAUAAUUUUGUCAAUAAAUUUCUUUGUGAGGCUGUUGUUUCUA